UUCACAAUGGAGGACCAGACAGCCGAGAUCAACGAACUCUUCGCAGUCCCAAAUACAACACUCGAACGCGAUGUCUUGGGCGAGCUCAAGUCAAUCCUGCGGAUUCACUCGCUUAGCCCUCAGGAAAUGUUCUUCAAAUGGGAAGCGUACAGCUUGAAGAUGGGCCCGAACACCCAGAUGAACUACAAGACGGCCAGGGAAUUCAAGAAGGAUCUUCAGGAUGCGCUGGAAAGAGAGUCGAGGGGCAAGGCACACAUGCAGAGCGCUCAGAAGAGGAGCACCAAUGGCACUGCGAGGAAUGCCAACACUGGCGAUGUCUUUGGCGUGUAUCGACGAAAUGACUUUGGCACUCCCUCAGCAAAAGCAUCCAAACUCAACCAGACAAGUUCUCCAGCAGGCGAAAAGACACCCACUCUCGGUGCUACGGUCGAACCACCUCAACUAGGAGCCAUACCCUUCGCCGAACGUCAAAAUGCCGGUCAGAUUGUCGAACAGCUCAAUGGCCACAUCGAGAUGCCCNCCGUGCCCUCAACAGCACCCACCGAAGCUCGCGUUAAGCUAAAAGCCAACACCGACAUGGCUAAGUUCGGCUACCGUCCUAUGGCCAUGAAGCUUUCAGAAGCCUCCGAGUUCCUCGACGAGCGCAUAGACGACUUUGUCGACAUCAUACAGAAACACCAUCAAUUGCAAUACUCUGCCUUUGGCAACCCCGCUGCUAUGAGUCCUACUCAGAUUGUAGCUGUGGGUCGUAUCGCUUCGGACACAAGUGAGGGGAGAAUGAACGCAGCAUCCAUGGUCUUGGAAACCAGCCGUCGCAUGGGUGCUGGUUUGCGUGUACCUCUACGUAUGGACAAGGGAGGAUACGACUUUUUCCCUGGCAAGAUUGUUGCUCUUCGCGGCAAUAACCCGUCAGGCGAAUAUUUCAGUGUCACCGAGGUUCUGGCUGUACCAUCGCUCCAGCCGCCGGCCACAGCACCCACCAGCAUUGACGUACACAAUGAACGCUUACAGAGCGACGACGGUACCGAGACGCGCCCUUUGAACAUCAUUAUCGGGGCAGGUCCCUACACCACAGACAGCGACCUCUCUUUCGACAGCUUACACGAACUCUGCUCGCAAGCCGCAGAAACCAAGGCCGAUCUUCUCAUCCUCAGUGGUCCUUUUAUCGACAUCGAACACCCCAAAGUUGCCAGUGGUGACUUUUCAUUACCUGCCGACACCAAGAUCGACCCUUCUUCUGCCACUCUUACAGAUGUCUUCCGCGUCCUUGUCUCUCAACCACUCUCACGCCUCGCCCAAACAUUACCUAGCAUUACCAUCAUCCUAGUACCGUCAGUCCGCGAUGCUGUCUCAAAACAUGUCAGUUGGCCACAAGACCGCCUGGCCCGCAAAGAACUCGGUCUGCCCAAACAAGCAACCUGCGUCACGAACCCCAUGACCGUGUCUUGCAACGACUUUAUGACUGCAAUCAGCAGCCAAGAUGUCCUCUUCGAGAUGCAAAGGCAACGCGUGGUCAGCGGUCUCAACAGCGAUGCCCUAGCCUCCUUGGCUCGCAAUCUUCUCACCCAGCGCCACUAUUUCCCAGUCUUUCCUCCACUGCCCAGAGAUGAAAAGGCGUUGACUGUGGGUGCUAGUUUGGACGUUGCGUACAUGAAGUUGGGCGAGAUACUGACCGUCAGCCCUGAUUUGUUGGUGUUGCCUAGUGUGUUGACGCCGUUUGUCAAGGUCGUGGAUGGAGUGCUUGUGAUUAACCCUGGACAGGCGAGUAAGAAGAGGGCUGCGGGUACUUAUGCGAGGUUGAUUGUUGGGCCGAGGGAGUUGACCGAGGAUGAGAGGGAGAAGGAUGAAGAUGUUGAUCAUCAAUUGUUCAAUAGAGCGAGAUGCGAUAUUGUCAGGAUAUAG